UCUUGUUAAAUAAACAAAUGCCAAUCAUUAUAACAAAAAAAAUGUUCACAAAAUUUGCUUUUGUCACAUAAAUAAAUUACUUAAGAAAGAGGAAGAAAAUAUUUUAUUUUUGUUUUCUUCUUCUUCUUCAUGAUCUCAAUUCCUCGAGGCUGUUCUUGAAGAAUUAAUUUCAAUGGAAGGUACUCCAUGGACAUAUGGAAUUCCUUCUGUUAGUGUUAUUGGAGAUGGAUAUUGUUUUCCAUAUCCAAUGGAAUUAAUUGUGAAGAAGAGGAUUAGAAAAUUGUCUAAUGCACAAUUUGAAAUUUUUGAUCUUAGCGGCAAUCUUCGCCUCCAAGUCGAUGGUGGCGUUUGGAACCUCAACAUGAAACGAAUAAUUCGCGAUCCUGCCGGUUUUCCAAUCCUCACAUUGCGCGGAAAGGCACUCACAUUUUGGCAUAAAUGGAAGGUUUAUGAAGGUGAAAGUAAAGAUGAAAAUAAUUGUUUAUUUAGUAUACAACAAUCUCAUCCUCUCCAAAUAAAAAAAGAGCUUCAUGUUUUCUUGUCAAAUUACAAGAAAAAAGAUCCUGAUUUUCAUGUCACUGGAUCUUACACUUCUUUAUCUUUCAAAGUCUACAAAGGCCACAGGCUUCUUGCAGAGGUCCAUGGCCCUAGGCAUUUGGCAGAGGUCAAACAUACAUUCUCAAUGGAAAGCUUCUACAAGGGAAAGGAAAAAUACAGAAUUAAAGUUUAUCCAGAGGUUGAUUAUGCAUUUAUUGUGGCAUUACUUCUAAUUAUUGAUGAAAAUGAUACCCCAUAACUCUUGUUCUAAGGUUUACACCCAUUUUUUUCUUUUUUCAUUAAAAAACUAUUGUGUUCAUAUAUA